AUGUUAGUGUUUCAUUGCGGUAAUGUCAUUGAACAGUGUCAAAAGUUAAAGGGUAAAAAAUUUGACAUACUGAUUGCUGAUCCACCCUGGUGGAAUAAAUAUAUACGAAGACUGAAGUGUGCCAAUGAUAAAUUAAGUUACUCAAUGAUGUAUAACGAAGAUAUCGCCUCGAUACCUGUAAAAGAACUCUUAUCCGAAAACUGCCUAGUUGCUGUGUGGUGCACAAAUGCACAGAGUAAUAUCGACGCUGUAAAAAACUUAAUUUUUCCAAAAUGGGGUGUGGAAUAUAUAACCACAUGGUACUGGUUGAAAUUGACAGUGGAUUUGAAACCAGUAUGUGCUUUUGGGUCCGGUUGUAAGAAGCAGCCAUUUGAGAGAGUUAUUUUAGGCAAAGUUGGUAAUGUAAAAGAUAUUCCCCAUAGCAAGAUGAUCGUAAGUGUGCCUAGUGCGUUACAUUCGCAUAAACCACCCUUGUUAGAUAUUUUAUCACCAUUCGUGAAUACAGAAAACUCGCAGACACUUGAACUAUUCGCAAGAUAUCUGCUUCCGAACACCACUAGUGUUGGCUUCGAACCUUUAAAAUGGCAACACAUUUCUCUAUUUGAAGAAAUUACUUAA